AUGCGGAAUCAAUCUAUCGAGAAUCGAAAUUUAAGGCCGAGACAAAACGAAGGGCUUUCUAAGCAUACUAUGGUUACCUCCCGUAAACUUUUUUUACAAAUUUAUAGAAAUGUGCCAAAAAUCUUGUCCAAACAUUUUAUUCGGCAACCUUAUCCAUAUAAUAAAGCUAUUGUGUUAAAUUGGUCUCCUCUUAUUAAAUCCUCAAAUUUUUUACGAACUUUUGAAGAAGCUUCCUUGUCUAUUAAUUUAAGAAUGUGGAACUGGAGGUUUGCAAUAACUAAAUAUACGAGACGAAAACAUUCAGCUCUUACGCCAGUAACAACGAAAGAAAAAAAAAGUCAAACAGAAUUGGAAGUUGUUUACACAUGUGAUCAAAUUAAUCAGCGAUAUCUUCAACAUUUAAUCGAUUGUUUUCGAAAAAAAUUGGAAAGAAGGAGUACUGAUGACAUAUUUUCAACAUAUGACGAUUUAUCAAAAAAGGACGCUUUGCGGUUUCUUAAUAUGAACGAUUACACACGAUUAAUAACUCGAUUGAAAGAUUACGAUUCAAAAGAUUUUGCAUUACAUUGGCUAAAUCGAUUUUUUAGUGAUAUGAAAUUCGUCAAUUUGAGUUUAUCCCUAUAUACAUAUGGAUUAAUGAUAACGAUGUAUGGGAAAUGGGGAGAGUAUGACAAGGCAGAAAAUAUUUUUGUUGAAAUAUGUCAAAAGAACAUUUCAUAUGAUGUUUACACGUAUAAUAAAUUUAUUUAUAUAUAUGCAAAUAUAGGUAAUCUACAUCGCGUUUAUCAAUUAUUACAAGAUAUGAAAUCCAAAUCAAUUCAUCCGAUCCUAUCAACUUACAAUAUCAUUAUUUUGGCAUACAUACGAAAUAAGAAUAUAACAGGCGCUCUAAGCUUAUUACAUGAAAUUGAAGAAAAAGGGUUACAACCUGAUGUUGUAACUUUCAAUACCAUUAUCAAUGGAUUUUUGCAACUUCAUGAUUUUAAGAAUGCGGAAAGAUGUUUUGAAACAAUGUCAUCCAUGAGAGUUAGACCCAACGCGAGAACAUUCAACACAUUAAUGUCAAGUUAUUUUAAAAUAAGAAAUUACCAAUAUGUGGAAAAACUUUACAAUAGGAUGAUCGAAAUGAAAAUUCAACCAAGUCCAGAUUCAUACUUUACAUUAAUGUCGGCUUACGUUCAUUCUGGUAAGAAGCAGCAAGCUUUAAAAAUCAUGAAUCAAUUAAAUGCUCGUGAUUGGAAAAGCUUACGAGUUUACAACAUGCUUAUACAUUUGUACAUACAACUUGAUGACUUUUCCAUGGCACGUGAGAUAUUUUGUCAGAUAUCAGAAUCAGCAUUAAAGCCUAAUGUUGUUACUUUCAAUACUUUUAUCAACGGCUAUAUUGAUCGACAAAACCUGAAAGAUGCAAUCAAAUACUUUGAUGAAAUGGUUAAAUCCGGGAUUUCCCCAAAUGUUAAAGUUUACAAUACGUUAUUGAAAGGGUAUUUAAAUGCUUACGGAAUUUCAACUGUAGAAAAAAUAUUUACUCAAAUGUCUGCUUAUGACAUUGCUCCUGAUGUUAUCUCUUAUAACACUUUGAUACAAUAUAUCAAGGGACAAAACAAAAUAGAUGAUUUCGAAAGAGCGAUUGAUCAAUAUCGAAUAAUGGUUAAAAGGUUGGUUAAGCCUUCUGAUCGAACUUUUAACAUAUUGUUGAAUUUAGUGACGAUGAGGGACGUUAGGAGGGAUAUAUUACAUCAUCGUCAACUUACUAAAUACCAAGAAUCUGAGGAACUGGCAGAAUUGACCGUAGAAGAUAUUUUAAGAGAGAUGAAAUCAAAAGGUUUUAUAAUAGAUGUUGUCACUUAUUCUAUUCUGAUAAAAAACUAUGUACAAUAUAAGAAAAUGGAUGAGGCCGAAAAAUUAUUGCAACAGAUGACAAAUAACGACAUAAAACCUAACCAAUACAUUUUCAAUAUAAUGAUUGACGGCUAUAGCAAAUCGUAUAAUAUGAUUAUGGCACAGCAAACAGUUAAAAGGAUGAUUAAUUCAGGAUUUCAGAAGGAUCAAAAAGCAUAUACAUCUCUAAUUAAUGGAUAUGUUACUAUUGGUGAAUUUAGGGAAGGUCAGAGAGAAUUUGAGGAAAUGAAACGAUCUGGGGUAAUUCUAGACAACAUUGUUUAUUCUUCUCUCAUAGAUAUGUUCGCCAACGAAAAAAAUAUACGAAAUGCACAAAAAAUUUUUGAUUAUAUGCGUAUACAAGGAAUUCCUAUGGAUAAAAUAACAUAUACUGUACUUAUGAAAGCAUAUGCUUUAAAUGGAAACAUUAAAGGCGCAAGUUCUAUUUACAAUGAAAUGAUUAAAGAAGGGUGUGAGCCAGAUGAAGUAGUGAUAUCUACGAUGCUAUCUGCAUAUAAACGAGGAAAGAACAUUAAGGGUGUGAUUGAUUUUCUUAAAGAUUCUAAAAUAAAUAUGUAUCUCAGCACACGAAAUUACAAUAUUCUUUUGAACAUGCUUGCUCAGGAAAGAGAUUUAUCAGGAGCAUAUAAAUUAUUCAUGAAAAUGUUAGAAAGUUACGAUCAUUCAUCGAAGUCUUCAUUGCAAGUAAAUACUACUUUAACAUCCAUCAAUUCACAUACACAAUUUCGACAUCCACCACCUGAUCUAGAUAGUCUUAAAAUAAUCCUUAAACGAUUCAGUUAUUUUCGGCGAUGGGAUUUGAUUAUGCUAAUAUGGGAUGCAACAGAUCAAAGAGAGAUCAAACCUUCUAUUGAAGAUUUUUUGAUAUUUAUAAAAGCGUUUGUUAUGGAGAGAGACAGGAAAAAAUUGAUGCAG